UCGGGUCAGUCGGUCGCAACAGCACGGCGGUGAUUUGUGUACGCGGUGGUGAUCUUCUGUUUUAAUUCGUGUGAGGUUUUCCGUUGGUUCCACAUUUGCGUACACAGUAGUCACAGCGGAUCAAUUAGAGCACAGCAGUUUGAGUGUUUACGGUGGUGAAUUCCCGAUCUUUAGGACAUCGCAUUCUCAAGUGCUUUCGGUGUGCAAUUGCCUGUCGUGUACGUAUUAGCGAAGGACUUUCUAAAACAACAACGAAAAUGAAACUUUUCGGAAGUAGCAGCACCUUGCUUCUGAUCCUCAUUAUUGGGCUGGUGUGGAGUGAACAGCUGGAAGAUGACAGUGACACAAAUGAUCUGGAAACGGCGGAAUCUGCUUUCCAUAUAGAUCCAAAAACUGUGAUCUUUACCGGAUUGGCAGGCAUUGGAGCGCUGGUGGUGAAGGGCAUUGCACUUGGCAUCGGUGGCGGUAAGCUGCUCUUCCUGGCCAAGCAUGCCGGUAACUCGCACAACUCCGGCUGGGACAGUUCCGCCUCCAAAUCCUACUCAUCCCACCCAUCCUAUCCGACGUACAAAUCGUACUCCAGCAGCCACUCGUCGUCGGAGGAGGGGAAGUCCACGUCCUACAGCGGCAGCCUGAAGGUGUCCGGUUCGCUAUCGCCGGUGAGUUCCAAAUCUUCGUCCGACUCUACUGUCUCGUCCACGUCCGCACCAUCGAAGACGAGCCUUUCGCUUGACGAUGUUGAUGAUCCACUGCCUGAAAACUGAGUUUCGAAAUUUCAGGUCUAUUAGCGUGGCGAUGAUGGUGAAGGCGCGUAAAUGCUUCUUGUGCAACUCGCUUUCGGGGGACGUUGAGCGUUGUGAGGCUGAUUCUCAUUUUGGCGAACAAUGUGCAAAAUUCUGGAGGGAAGAUAACAGGAACAGGCCUGAGAAAGAAAGGGAGAGAGAGAGAGAGCGCGUUCUGUGUAGGUGAGAAAAAGGGAAGGCAAGCAUCCAAAAGCCAAAACCAAACUAAGUGUAUGCGCCAGAAGGGUAUAUUUUUUUUGUAUUAUUUUAAAGCAUUACUAUUUGGGGUAACUACAGCACAUAUUUAUAAGCGUUCAUUGACCAUAUUUGUGAUACUUUGCUCAUCAUAAUAAACCGGUUUCCAUUACAUUA